AUGCACUUCCUCCAGCUGCCCCUCGAAGUCCACUACCAUCUGCUCAAUUUUCUGGAUCUUAAAUCAUGCUCUAUCUACUCCACUACAUGCCGCAAAGUUCAUGCUCUCAUUCAAGCGGUUCCUCAAAAAAUUCUGGAGGUCACCCUACGCCCUGAAUCCGAAAAACUUUGGGUCCAACAGGGACCCGCGAACUCCCGGAUCACCAAUGCUAUUGUGAGCCAAGAAACAAAAGACCAACUAUUCAGCGAUACUACUGUAGCCGAAAUAAUCUAUGAUUUUGGCUCAAAACUGAAUAUUGAUGGCCUUAAAUCUGGGCAUAUUUGGCUGAAAACGUCGGACCGUGAUAGUCUGGCUAAGCUUCGACAACACAAGCCGGCCGGAAAAUUUGAAAUGUUAGAGCUCAGUGAUCUGGAGGGCUUUGAGCCCGAGCUUUGCGAAUUUUUGGACGCCGAGACCGCGAUAUUGCAAAUCGAUACCUGGAACAACCUCUAUGGGUGUUUGACCCUGAAGCACCCCGUGAUGGAUAUUAUCGAAUACUGUGAUCAAGAUGAAGCUGUCGAAAUUUUUGGAGAUGUGCUGGUGGGAGAGUGGUUGGCCGGAGAGCGAGAGAUAGAAAGUGUGGUGGUGGCGUGUAAUCACCAGAGUCCGGAUGUGGCUCCAAGAGAAUGGGAACGAACGUACACGAGGGAUGAUGGAAAGCGGUUAGAAGAAACUGUUCAUGGGGAGUUUUACAUAUGGAAGUUGAUUGUU